AUGACAACCACAUUCGCUUUCAUCACAUUCUUUAAUAUUCUAUACCUGCUCUCAGUCCUCACUUCAGCAACAGCCGUCCACGGAGACCAUAAUCACGUUAAUGUCAACAAACGACACAGGAAUCUUGCUAAGUCUCUUCAUCAACCAACCUCCAGAGCCGCUCCAGAAAAUCAAGUGGUCUAUACACCGGACACUUCACUCCAUUUUGAAUACCCACGACGGAACUUCAAUGUCAAUUCGAACAAAUACAAGAAAUUGACCAAGCUAUUACCUAAAAUUUUGAAAAAUGCCAAUUCCAUUACUACCCAUUCAUGGGAAUUGGGAUGUUUCACCGAAACGCUCUUGGAAGUUUACAAUCCAUCGUUAACGCCUUUCGAAUGGGAUGGUGAAUAUGGAUCUGGAGGUGGGAAAUGCGAAAAAUUAGAACUCGGUGAAAUACCUUGGAACGUAUUGAAAAUAGCCAAAAACUCUUUAAUAGCUUAUGAUUGGAUGGGAUCACCCUCAUCUUCCUCGAAUGGGACAACCAAAUCGUCAAGUCAUUUACAAGACUACUUAUUCAACUCGACAUCGCCUGUACCUCAUAAUUCUCAAGCGCUGAUCAAUGGAGACGGAGCCUUGGGAGAUCCAGUAUCCCUUGUACCGGCCAUAUGGAUCUUAUCUCAAUUCUCGAAGAAUCAUCUGGUCAAAUUGGGCCUAGGGGGGAAAUCUGCUGAAGAUUAUUCGUGGGCUUUGGGCAAUCAGCUGGAUUAUCUAUUUAGUGGACCCAAGGCUCCUACAAACAAUACGAUAUCUCAAAGAGAAGCUAGUUUCGAAUUAUGGGCAGACAUGAUGUAUAUGAUCCCCCCUUCACUAUCUUACUUAGGGUUGUCUCUGUCAAGUGAAGAAUAUCUGAAGUAUGGCUUAGCACAAUGGGACGGCGAGACGACGGCUUUGUUAGAUACUACUGUAAACAUAUAUCGACAUAUACACGAUUGGGACGCUCGAUUGUGGGCGACAGGUAACGGAUGGGGUGUCUAUGGCGGUAUCAGAAGUCUUUACUCCGUGAAAGCUUCCCCAUUCGCUUCCACUUUGACCCAACAAAUCACCGAGGCAGAAAGUACUUUAGCGAGCGUCUUCGAAGGAUUGUUCAACGAGCUAGACAGUCAAUACCUUAUACCGAAUUAUUUGCGACAAGAUAAUCAAACCCUCGCAGUAGGCGAUACAGCCGGUACAGCUUUGGUUGUAGCAGCCUAUUACCGAUUCCUGAAGAUCUGUCCCGACAAAGUUAACGAUCACUUGACCAAAUUAGCUGAAAGAGCUUUCGAUGCGGUGGUAGCCAAGAUCGAUAAAGACGGAUGGGUAACCCAUGCGGUCGAUCCUAUGGGUACAUACGGCUGGGUCGUCUAUCCCGAUGACCCCAAUAUGCACUCACCCGAAGCUCAGGCAUUCGCAGCUAAGAUGUGGAAAGCCAGAACCGAAGCUGGUGCUUGA